AUGGGACAGGACACCAAUAGCGCGGCCAAUGACUCGCGAAAGUCGCCGUCGCCGUCUGCCCCGCAGCAUAGACGCGGCUACCAGGCCUGCGAUCCAUGUCGCAAACGCAAGGUCAAGUGUGAUUUAGGCAGUGUCGACAAUCCCCGUCCCCCACCUUGCGUGCGAUGUCGUCGCGAAAGCAAACGAUGCGAAUUCUCGGCAACUCGUCGCAAGCGCAAAGCCUCCGAGGCGGCCGAGGACGAUGCGGAGGCCGUCGAAGUACUUCGCCGUGACAAGCGGAUGAUGAUCGGAGAAGCAGCUGCAACUGAAAACCGUCCGUCGAGACCGACAGCUUUCGUGCUCGGCAGAGAUGGCCCGAGGCCCCCCCCCGCAGCUGCUACUACCACUCAGCGUUUUACGCCUAAUGCGCCCAUCGCCUCACAGGCUAGGCAGUUCCUUGAAUCGCGAAAUCCUCGCUUACCACCGUUUCAAACCGGCGAGCGAAGUACGGUGCCUGGGUAUGGAGGCCCGCCGAUGAUGAACCGGACUGCCGUCGAACUGUUGUCGCCAGCCAUCACCAAUACCCACGAUGCUUUACAUCUCCUCUCUGAAGCUGCAGGUCGAACAGAAGAUUUAAAUCGUCAGAGCCUCGAGAAUCGCUACGGUGCCAGACGCUCGGUUUCCUCAUUCAACUCUGGGCCUUCUCCUCUCGCCCAUGCAAACUCUCCUGGCAACGUGAGCGGGUCCUUUUCGCGCACUCCUCGGUCCGGUAUGUCGGCUGGUGGGAAUGGUUACUUCCCAGGCUCAGCUGGAGGCUCGGGAGCUGUCGAAACUCAGAUCCCCGAUGACGGUGGUCAGCAGGAAGGCUCUCCAAAUCCUCAAGACCCCGGGUUCCUUGAUGCUGUGCGAGCAUGGUCCCGACUGCGAUUCGUCCGUGCCGGAUGGAUGACGGUUGAAGAGGGUAUGGAGUAUGUGGCAUACUACUACGAAAACCUUGCGCCAAUGAGCCCCGUCGUGACUCCCGACUACUCUCAGCCUUCUACACAUCGCGUGCUGCUAACGGACGAACCUGUCCUGGCGGUGACUAUUCUCACGAUUGCUUCCCGACAUUUGAAACCUAAGGGUGAUGGCGCUAGUACGCGUGCCUUUUAUAUCCAUGAUCGUCUUUGGUCAUACUUGCGUGGUAUGAUUGAGCGUCUGUUUUGGGGCCAAGAGAAAUUUGACGCCCAAGGAGGUCGCCCUCGAUCAUUGGAUCUUGCGUCGGGUGCUGGCGGUCCUACGUCGAAGGGAAAUUUGAGAGCCCUGGGAACAGUGGAAGCCUUAUUGGCAUCCCCGAAAUCUUCACUUCCCCCAGGUGAUGACGAGAACACACUUUUGGACAGGGAAGCUCAAUCACAAAAUCGUACCGACAAGGACCUAGAUAAUGAAAGUGAUCCGACGGGUAACAGAGGCCCAUCGGCAGAAGGUCGAGUUGCGUUCCAAAAAUGGUUGGAGCCUGCCUGGAGGUCAGACCGAAUGUCAUGGAUGCUAUUGAGCACCGCCCAAGCCUUGGCCUUCGAACUUGGUGUUUUUGACCACAAGAGCGAGUCCAAGGGAGUCCCUGAACUGCCCUCUGAACAGGCACGCAAGCGACGCCUUCGACGACUGAUACUAGUCUUCAUUACACACAGUAGUGGACGACUCGGGAUUCCAUCUAUGCUGCCUCUAACCGAAUGGGGACGGGAUAUUCCGGCGGCUACAAGUGACUUGAAAGACGGUGAUUUGGACCUGAAUCAGAUGCAAGAUUGUUGGAUGGGUAUCUCGAAGAUAGUGUACCAGGCCAACCAUCAAUUGUUUGCUUCCAGCGAGCAAACUUCGGAGUUGAUCAGGAGCGGGAGGUAUCGCGAACAGAUCGACUGGUUCCAACCGCAGUUGCGAGAAUUUCGACAAAAUCUAGACCGGGUUAAUCGUUUAUAUGUCAACUCGCUCGCCCUUCAAGCAGUCGUCGACCGUUGGACUACCAUGUCAAAUGAGUCCUCUGUCCAAGCCCAGACUGGUCGGUCAGGACCAGGGCCAUCUGCUGGUAGUACUGGGUGGUUCCGUACUUUGAUGGAGCUCUACCGCGUCAACGAACAAUAUAUACAAGAAGUCGUGGAUGCUUCACGUAAGAUUCUACAGACUGUGUUGGAAGGUCUUGUACCGGGCGGGCGUCUCAAACAUGCGCCCAUCCGAACGUUCUUCCGCAUUUUGUCCGGCAUGAUAUUCAUCCUAAAAACAUUCACCCUCGGCGCCCGAGAAGACGACGUGCGAGUCUCUCUGGACCUGCAAGAUCGCACUGUAGAGGCGUUGCGGACCUUCGUCGUUGACGAUGUACAUAUCAGUAACACUGUCGCGCGCCUCUUGGAGCUUCUUACUAGCAGCAUUCGAACGCGAUUCCUUCGAUUCGCACCCCACGACCGUGGCGCCGAUGGUGACGGACAUGCCUCGGCACCCGUCUCCCGCGCCCAGUCCCCGCCACGAGACAGCAUUGCAGGUCGCCCACACACACCUUGGUCAUCAACCCAAGAUGCAACUCCGAGCGGAGGCCUAGGGGCCUACGUGGACAGCAACGGCGCCGGCGGGAAUCCGUUAGCGCCGAUCGGAUCGGCUCACGAUCCCCUAGCCAGUAUCCCUGCGCAGCCGAUCAACUCGUCAAACUUGAACGUCUCCUUCAUGCCGCCUCCGCCAUCGGUCUACUACAACUACUAUGACUCGAACUCGGCCAUGUCGGCGAACGAUCUGGAGCGACCGUCAUCCAACCACGUUGUCUCCUCACAGGCCGUCGGGGAUAGCAACGGGGCGGGCUCUACGUCCGGUGCCUUGCCGGACUGGUUUGCGCUUCCUCUGGAUCAAUUCUUCAACAGCUCCAGCGGAGCGGUGGACCAGGGUCUAGGCGGGACGGGCCCGAUGUUGGGCGAGUUUGAUAUGUUGGAGGUACUUUUGAACGAAGGCUACGACGGGCACGGAAACGGCGAGAAUGAGUCUGGAGGAAUUCCACCCCAUUUCUUGGGCUAA